AUAGACACUUUGCUCUCUCACGCUACAGUUGACAGCCGAGUGUGUAACGCGCGAUCCCCAAGCAAGCACGGACGGAUUUCAGUCUCGUCUUUCGUUAGCGCGACAACGGUUUAUCAGUGUGAUAGGAAGUGCUCAAGUGCUCGCGAUGGCGCUAAGUGACAAGCAAGUGUCCUUAAAUUAUGCCGAUUUACUUCAGCGAUCGCGGGAUGCAUUUGACAGUGGAAAAACGAGGCCGAUAGAGUGGAGAAUUGGGCAGUUAAAACAAUUAGCUCGUAUGUUGAGAGAAACCUCUGCAGAUGCUGUCGCUGCGGUAGCAUCAGACUUACGUAAGAAUAAGUUCGAGACAUUUCUUACGGAAAUCGACUACAUACUCGAGGAGAUCACUCAUACGCUCGCGCAUAUUAAGGAAUGGUCAGCAACAUCCAAGCCGUCGAAGGGACUGGCGAAUCUUUUCGACUCGGUGGAAAUCCGCAACGACCCCUACGGAGUCGUACUGAUCAUCGGCACGUGGAAUUAUCCCAUUCAAAUAUCUCUAUUGCCUCUGGUCGGCGCUAUCGCGGCUGGAAACUGCGUGAUCAUAAAGCCGUCCGAGAUGUCAAUGGCUACGUCGAAAUAUUUGUCUGAAAAUUUCCCGAAAUACAUGGACACGGAAUGUUAUCAUAUAGUAACAGGCGGAAUCGAGAAAACGACGGAGUUACUCAAGCAACGCUAUGAUUACAUCUUUUAUACCGGAUCCACUACGGUUGGGAAAAUCGUACGGGACGCUGCCAAUGUGCAUCUCACGCCUGUUACGUUAGAAUUAGGCGGUAAAAGCCCUGUGUAUAUAGACAACACAGUGGACAUGACGAUGGCGGCGAAACGCAUCAUGUGGGGAAAAUGCGUCAAUUCCGGUCAAACUUGCAUCGCUCCCGAUUACAUCUUGUGCACGCCCGAAGUGCAAGAUAAAUUUAUAGAGGAAGCGAGGAAGAUCCUGAAGGAAUGGUACGGCGAAAACCCGGAAAUGAGUGCCGAUUUGGCGCGCUUAAUCUCAGACAAGCAUUACAACCGGCUUGUUAACUUUUUAAACGGCAACGGCAAGAUUGCUAUCGGCGGCAAUGUGAAUCCGAAGGAAAAAUAUAUUUCGCCCACAAUAUUGAUCGACGUUAAACAAACAGAUCCUAUUAUGCAAGAAGAAAUAUUCGGACCGAUAUUGCCUAUAAUCAAUAUUAACGAUGCGAAUGAAGCAAUUAAAUUCAUAAAAAGCAGGGAGAAGCCAUUAGCGUUAUACAUAUUCAGCCAGAACAAAGAAAUUAUAUCGACGUUCCUUAACAAAACAUCUAGCGGUAAUGCUCUUGUCAAUGACACGAUAUUACAUUGCGCAGUCGAGACUCUACCUUUUGGAGGAGUAGGCCAUUCUGGAAUAGGAGCAUAUCAUGGAAAAUAUUCAUAUGACACAUUUACACAUAAAAAAGGUUGUCUAAUUCGAAAUUACAACAAGGUCGCAGAGUCACUCAGCCAAAACCGUUUUCCACCCUACACCGAUAAGAAACUGACGCUUCUUAGACUAUUGCUCAAAAAAAGAAAUAUACCUUUCAUGAAGUAUCUACCGACUCUGCUUAUAUUCGGCCUUGGAAUGCUCACCAUUGUCAUCGUCCAAGCUGCACUGAAAGAAUUUGAAUAUACAGAGGAGCGCAAGGUUUAGACAAGACAGCGUCUUAAAAACAAAAUACAUCUGUAUACAUAUGUAUACUGUAUUUGUCGAAUUGUGUUAAGUUUGUUGAUUAAUUAACUUGUACAUUAAAUUGUUGACUUAUAAUUUGCAAUACAAUUCGAAAUGAGGGUC